AAUUACUUGGAAAAAAAACUUGAAAAGUUCUGGAUGGAGUUACUGCAAUUGUUUUAUAUCUAUGUGACUAUUGGCAUUUAAAUGUUUUCUAAUUCUAAAAACGGUUAAACUUUAUAUAAAAACCAAACUAUUUCCUUUGAAAGUGUAUCGGUUAUAACACUAGAAAAAGUGAAACGAUACGCACAUUGUGCCUGACUUCGAUUGGGCCCGCACGGGUUUUCUAUUAAAAUACACAUUACAUUUAUGCAGAAUCAAGUGCAUAUUCAAUAAGAACGUUAUAUUUAGCCAGGAGCUGCAUAUAAUCAACUUAAUUUUUAUCGUCUGCAGAAUUGAGCGUCAUAAUGCCUUCGUGUAAAGAAGAGAUAUUUGCAGUAGUAUCCUCGGAGGUGCGGGCGCUAAUCAUUAGUGGGCGCAAGCCACCGGUUCCCUUGAACGACGUUCUCAGGGACUAUGCCGAGGUCGUGGGAGAGCCACUUCCAUUCCGCCGGUUGGGCUAUAGCAGCGCCCAGGCGAUGCUGGAGGAUACCAGGAACUUCAAUUUUCAGAUUUACGGAAGCACGGUCUGCAUCACUGCCAAGUACAGCGAGAAAUCGGACCACAUUGCGUCUAUGGUGCGCCAGCAGAAGCCUUCCAAAUCCAGAGCCUACUCAAGGCCGACCCCACAGCCAGGAACUUUCAAAAAAGCUGCAACCAACUUCCAUCAACAAAGGUAUCCGCAGCAGAAUUACCAGUGUCAGCUGCAUAUUCAGCAAAGGAAUCAACAGCAGCAGAAUAGCCAGUAUCAGCAGCAUCUUCAGCAAAGGAAUCAACAGCAGCAGCAGAAUCUUCAGCAAAGGAUCCAAUUGCAACAGCAGCAGCAUAGGAAUCAACUACAACAGCAGCAGCAGCAGCAAAAGAAUCUAGUACAACAGCAACUGCAAAGGAAUCAACAGCAACAGCAGCAGCAAAAGAAUCAACCGCAACUGCAGCAGCAGCAAAAACUUCAACAACAGCAAACCUGGGAGGUAGAGCAGCAGAAGCAAAAGUUGCUGAUUCAGAAGCUGCAGGAGGAGAUUAAUUCUUGUCGCAAGCAGACAGGGGAGCAGCUUCGCCAGCUGAAAGAGAUCAAGGAGCAGGACGAGAAGAAACUCAAGGAGCAGGAACAGGUCAUAAAGAAGCUGGAGAAAGAUCGAGAGCAUUUCAAACAGAAGGCCGAGGCCAAAGCGCUUCUCGACAAAAAGCAGGAGAACGUCGCUCCGAAAAUCGAAAAUUCUGGACACAAAACGCCCAGCACGCCGCUUCUGGUCAAAGAUAACAAGCAGCAUCAGGAAGAGGACAAGGAUACCAAAAAAAUCAAAGAACUGGACAAAGUCGCAGCGAAAAUCGGAAUCGGAAAUUUAAGACCAAGCAACAAGCAGGUGCUGGCCAAAGACAAGCAGCACCGUUCGAAAGAAGACUUGCACGUUGAACGCGCUAAUAUUUGCGACAUGAAUGGCCAUAGCACUAGCAACGGUCAUGGCAGGGCCAUGGCGGGGAAGCCUCCUCAACGGCCCAUACUGGGCAACGGUGCCCCGCAUCGUGGAGGUGGACCAGGGGCUGCGUUUGAUACGUCCAAAAAUCGCGGACUGCAGCAGCGAACCUCUGUGAACGAUAGACUGAAGCAACAACAACAGCAGCAGCAGCCAGCAGCAAAUCAACCGAAACUACCAGCGACUGCCCCAGCGCUGAUGACUCCUCCUGAUACGCCAGAAGUUCCCUCGAAAAAGGCCAAUCAGAGAGCAUUGCGGACACCUGCGAAAUCGCAGGAUACGCCCAAGUUCGAGUUCAAAUCGGAUGCGGCCCAAGAUCCCAUGGCCGCGUUGAAGGCGUACUGCGAGUUCAAAGAAUUGGAGGAGCCCUCGUACCGCAUCUUCAACAGUCGGCCCCAUCUGAACUGCUCGGUGAGGGUCGGCGCCUUUGUCUACAGCUGCUAUCCCAAGGAGUUUGCUGACGAGUCGACGGCCUACAGGGAGACUGCCUGGAUCGCCAUUCAAAAGAUUACGGAGGCAGAGUCGCGCCAACCGCUCACCAUUUGCACCCUGACGGAUCACGAGUUCAUUGACGGCCUGUACCAGGAGCUGCGGCAGUAUCCCAACGGCAUAAUGGGCCACAAGCUUGAGGAGUGGUAUGAACGGACCUUCCACCACCACCUGCCCAGCCACUGGCACGAUCUGGUUGUGGAGUCGAGCAAGAUCCGCAUGGAGCAUACCGUCUCGUCCCUCAUUCUGUUGGCCAAUGAUCCCGCCUCUCCGAAGCCGAGGAGAGCAACAGUCCAGCGGCCCGAAAUGCCCGAGCUUCGGCUGCCGUGGAUGAGCGAGGCGGACCACAGCUUGGAGCGACACCACGACUGGAGCAUGUACAUCACGCAUUGCGACUCCACCAAACUGGUCUGGGCCCGCCUAAUCGAUCAGAUAUCCAGCCUAGAGGCGCUGUCGGUGAACCUGAACAGGCACGUGGCGGUGCGUACACCGAUUACGGAGCCCCACGAGCAGGAUAUGUAUCUGGUGGAAGUCACCGAGGGCUGGAGUCGUGUGCGAGUGCUCUCCGUGGACGCGAAGCAGCGAACCUGCCGCUGCCACUUUGUCGACUUUGGGGACGUGGCCUCGUUUGAGUUUGAAGAUCUGGUCGUGUGUCCGGCCCAGUUCCUGGUGCUGCCCGCACAGGCCAUCUGCCUGGGCAUGUAUGCGCUGGAAAAGUUGGCGGAUCACCCGCACGCCCAGGCCGUGCUCCUUAAAGAGCUCGCCGGCCAGCGGGUGGUGGCUCGCAUCCUCACCACCGAGAAGCAGUUCAUCGACUUGGGCGGCUGUGCCCAGGGCGUUUGGCAGGAUGGCAUGCGAAGCGCCUGCCUGGUGGGCACUCUGUACGACACCUCCACGGCGGACGACAUUCACCUCAACGAUCUAGUGGCCAACGAGAUCAACCGCAACACGCCGGCGCCCAUACUGAGUCCGGACCAGAAGUCCAAUCCGGUGCUCAUCUCCCACAUCAACGAUGGCGGCGACCUCACUGUGCUGCUCCGCAACGAGGAUCUAAGGUUUGUGGAGCGCAGCAUUGCCACCACAGUGGCUGACAUCGGGGAGCAGCAUCGCGUCACCCACUUGGACCUGCUGCACGAUCGCCUGGUGUUUGUCUGCGACGAGUCAGUCGAUGGCCUGAAGCAGUGGUACCGAGGCAUGCUCACCGCCAAGCCAAAGAAUGCCGAUGAGGAGACCUUCGAUGUUUACUACGUCGACGACGGACGCCUGCGCAAGACGCACAUUUCGAACAUCUAUCGACUGGAGGCCAACAAUCUGGCGCUGGCCGGCUAUCCGCCGCUGGCGCUGCGCGUCCGCCUCCACGACGUUCCCGAUAUCGUGGGAGACAUGCUUGGGCGCCUUCGCGGACUGAUGCCGCCCCGCAGCGAGGCUAUCGUCAAGGUGAUGGAGGGUGCGAGCAGUGACCAGCUGCCGAUGGUCAACGUUUACGUGCGCGGCCAGGAUGCCAAUGCCAUGUACAUGUGCGUGAACAGCGCCAUCCAGAUGGAGUUUGAAAUGCAGAGAAGCACGCGUCCGCAGACCUACGACGAUGGCGGUCUGCGCUUCAAUCCCAAUGGACAGCUGCAGCGACGCAACAGCUUCGGCUCUGUGGUGUCCAGCCACAGCAGCGGCAGUCUCAGCUUCAGCGAUCAUGUCCUUCCCGUCACCCCACCAGUGACGCCCUUGCGAGUGUCGUCGUCGCCCACAAUCAAAGAGUACGAGGCCAUACCGGCUGUGGGCGCCUACUUCGAGGUGCGCAUUGGCCUCUCCAUCAAUCCCGGACACUUUGCGGUGCAACCCUACAAGUGCUACAAUCAGUUGCAGCACUUGAUGAAGGAUCUGCAGGCACAUUGCAAGGGAGCGACGGCACAGGGCGUGCAAUCUUCCCUAUUGGCCAUAGGAGAGGCAUAUGCUGCUCCAGACAGCGAUGGCAUCUACCAUCGUGUUAUUAUUCGCAAGAUUUACGACGAGAUUAUACAUGUGCGCUUCGUGGACGUGGGCGACGACGGUGUGGUGGCCUGUGAUCAACUGAAGAAGCUUCCGCCGGCCUUGGCCGAGCUGCCCAGGAUGGCCAUACCAGCUCAAUUAUAUGGCAUCCAACUGGCAGACGUUCUCUGGACUCAGGAGAACUGUGUGCGCUUCAGGAAGCUAACGCUGGGUCAAAAGUUUAUCGGGAUGGUGCGGCGUCUGAGCAGGUUGAAGGAUGACACGCGAGUGCUGUGCCUGGAGCUGAUCGACGUCUCCACGCCGCAGGACAUAAAGCUGCACGAGAUUCUCAUCAGCGAGAAGCACGCGCAGCCAGAGUCGUAGGUCAGAAAUGGAAGAAAAAUCGAAGACGAACCGAAGAACGAUUUUAAUUUGAGUUUGAACUUGUUCACGUUUAUGUUUGCUUAAUUGUAGCCUUAGGAUUAGGUGUAAUUAAUGCAUAAUUUAUUAAGACGAUACAUUCCCCGACACGGGAACGGUUACUCUGUACUGCUCGGAAACGCAACAAAAUAUACAAAUUAUGAUUUUAGC